CCUACGACAGGAGAUAGAAAACUGUCUGUGGGCCGGUGGAGGGAUGAAACAAGUGGAAGGAGAUGUAGCAGACUGGCACGCAUUUAUAACUCCACCACGCGCACUACACCUCGUCGGCUCUGCUCCUUUUCCCAGUCCGCCGUAGCAUCCUCCUUUUAGCGUAACAGGGCGAACGUCCUUUGCGGUGCUGCAUCGGGAGCUUCAUGGCCGCGGCACUCACGAUGAGCGGCGGCGGGCAGGAGGAUCCCUUCUAUCCGCUGCAGAAGGCGACCCUGCCCGCUGGAUUCUCUCUGGAGGAGUCGGCGUUGUUCGGCUUGGAUUGCAAGAUCACAGAUGCAGACAAGACUGGGCAAAACGACUACACUCAGGCAAAGUUUGAGAUGGACAGGUAUCUCUCCCCUCAGUCUCUUCCCCUUCCACCUCCUGCAGACAGCCAGCAGAAGUCACAGAGAGACAGUGCAUCUGCAGCGGAUCACUUCUUCACUGACGAUCACGCCGGGGCUCCCUACACCCUCAACAUGAAUCUUUACCUCCAUGACGCCGCCUACCUGAGGAUGGGCUUGUGUCAGCAGGCGCGGCCCCCUCAGCACCAGAACCACACAGGUCUCACCCAAAUCAAAACAGAAUCUGCCCCCGCGUGUUUCUCCCCCAACCUACAGCUGCACUGCCCCAACUCCACGUCUGCUGGUAGCUGCAGCACAUCUGGGCAUGGCCCCGGCAGUAUUGCCAUGGAAGCCUCAGCCAUAAACAUGACGUUAACGGGGUUACCAGACUUCACCAGUGUGUUCAACCAGUCGGGAGGCGGCAGCGGUGGCGAUUCAGUACCAGGAGUGUUUGUGAAACAGGAAAUGUCAUCUCAGUUCGAGCAACAUGCUCUCCACCACCAUGACAACAGUGGCUCGCUGUUUCAACUACUAAACUCCGGCUUGGACCAUCUCCAUGGCAAUGGUAUGGAGGCUCAGCAGCAGCAGCAUCAUCAUCAUCAUCAGCAGCAGCAGCAGCAGCAGCAGCAGCAGAUACAACACACUUCCACAAUCCACACGCCUUUCCAUGAUUUGCCGGUAGCUUCUUCUGCAUCUCAACAAGAGCAGACUGCCAAGCCUGCCUACUGCGGCCUGGGCGGCGGGGCAUAUACACAUCCUCAUGCUCAGGCGCACACCCAUUUCCUCCAGCAGCAGGUGCCCUACCUGCCACCCUCUCCUCCGAGCUCAGAGCCCGGAAGCCCUGACAGGCAGAAGGAGCUGCUCCACACCAUGUCCCCUCCUCCCUCAUAUGCAGCCACCAUCGCCUCCAAGUUGGCAGGUAGCACCCCUGGACUUGCGCCCGGCCCAGGAUCAGGCAGCUUAGCCCUCCCCCUCACUACAGGCCCUUCGCCCGUCCCAGGCCAAAAUACAGGCCUUCCACAAGCCCCCGCAACAACCCCAGCCCCAGCCCCAACCCCAGCUCAGACCACCGUGCCUGCCCGCUACAACCGGAGGAACAACCCGGACUUGGAGAAACGACGGAUCCACCACUGUGAUUACCCAGGCUGCAAGAAGGUCUACACCAAGUCGUCCCAUCUGAAAGCUCACCUCAGGACUCACACGGGUGAGAAACCGUACAGGUGUACGUGGGACAGCUGCGACUGGCGCUUUGCUCGUUCGGAUGAGCUGACACGUCAUUUCCGGAAGCACACGGGCGCCAAACCCUUCCAGUGCGCCGUCUGCUCACGCUCCUUUUCCCGAUCCGACCACCUCGCCCUGCACAUGAAGAGACACCAGAACUAACAGCAUUUGUACACACACACACACACACACACACACACACACACACGCUAAAAACACACAAGCACUAUCUUUGACACACAUGAAACGCUCACUCCAUCACACACAAGUACAAUGUUACAAGCUGCCUGAUGCAGAGUGACUUUCACAGACACCGCAGCUCCUCCUUUUGCUGCUACCGUGUCCUAAAAGAAACAGUACGGUAGCCUAACAGAUGUGUUGCUCUUAAACCCAGAGAGGGAAAGGUUUGGAGGUUGUAAAUUAGAAAGAUAAUGACCAGAUGAAGUUCCUGGUCCCUUAACCUUCAGAUAUACUUGGUAUAGAUUUCUGUGGACAAAUACAAAGAAGAAAAAUAUUAACAAAAAAAAAGAAAAUGGUAGCUCAGAAAUGUGACUCCAGCCCAUUUGCACUCUUUCGUGUGACUGGAAUGAAAGCACUUACCACUCAGAACUUGUACAUCUUUUGUCUAACAUAAAAAAUGGCUUCACAAUUGUUUUUAUAAAGGAGAAGCUUUUGUUUGCAAAACAAGUCAAGCCAAAUAUUUGUUUACUCCUUGGUUUGGUAGUUUGUUUAUAAAACUGGAAUUUCCAGAUUAGAUUUUGUUUGUUACCAAAUCCUUCAGUUUGCACUAGAAUUGGUAAUCUAAGUCUAAGCCUUUUUGUCCCAUGCAUCUCAUUCACCACUGGACUGAUCAUUAUCACUACUGGACUGAAUCUCUGUGUGAACGCCACACAAAUCAUUGCUGUUGAGAUAUUAAAAAUUGAAGGCAUUUAUACUCUGGAGAGAGGGAAGAUAGUGCAGAGGAAAAAAAUGGGGGAGGGAUGGAGAUGGAGGGGUAGAGAGAUUUUAGAGAGAGGAGAUCUGGGGACGACUGAGAAGCAGAGGGAGGUGGAUGGUUGCUAAAGAGCAGCAAUUAGGUGAUGAAUUAUUCAUGUUGUCAUUCAGUGGAUUUCCAGCCAGAGGAAAGUAUCAGAACCCUAGAACCAUAAACUAGAAUUCGUUCAGUUUAUACAGAAGUGACUGUAUUUUAAUGCACAAGCUUGUAUUAAGCGUCUUCUUACAUCUAUCUUAUCCAGCAUUUUACUUCUUUAAAAUGUUUUAACCAAAGUAUCAUCUUCAUUUGUCAACACCUUCUUAAGUGCCUCCUCCUCUGGCUUAUGUGUGUUUGUUCUGUGGUAGCAGAGCUGUGAUCAAUGUAGACAGUCCUUUUAAACACACAUGGUGCUGUUUUUAUUUCGUAAUCUGUUGAAUCUCUAGACUUGGCUUGGACGAAAGGUACAUUUCUUUUAAAUUACAAGGUUACCCAUCACUCAUUGUAAUUUAACAGCUGGGCUCAGGCCACUUCACGGACAUCCUGACAUAAUGUGGAACUUUUUUUGUUUUGUUUGUUACAGUCCUUCCUCUGAGGUGUCUCACUCUCUGACUCUGUACACAACUAACUUACAAUUGGGCUCUAUCAGUCAGUCGAACAUGAACACCCAUUUUGUUAAAGGAUAGGUCCCUAUUUGUUUUUAAGUCUUGUAAAACAAUACUCACAUGCCUACAUGUGCAUUGCAUUGAGUUAUUGGUCGCUGCAAGUGUUUCUCUUGUCCAUAUAAUGUGAUAUGGGCAUCUUCUAAAGUUAGUCUUAUCAGUGUAGAAUUCCCUCUUUGUGCUUAAGCAGACAGUGUUGUUGGUCCUUGUUGAGCGGUAAUGCGGAAUUUCACUAAGAAGUAUUGGCUGCAAUGCAACCCAGAUAUAUGACAUUAUCUAUAUAGAUAUUAGAUGCAUAGGCUAACAUUUAACGUAACUGCGUGCAGUGCCGUGUGCAUGCGCGCACACACACACACACACAGUGUUGUUGUUUUGAAAAGAGGACAGCUAUUAGAUUAAUUUGAUUUUUUUUAAUCCAGUACCUUCAGUGUUUGCUUAUAGAGUAUAUGGAGUGGUUGUGUUGCUUGCCUGAGACCAAGUUGUGACACAAUAUGAGAGAUAGGAUAAUGUCCUAGAUUUGUUUGACAGUCCCUGAAUCACAGUCAGUAUAGACAAGAGGAACAUGUGCAUCAACCAAAAAAUCUCUUUUAAUGUACAUAUACACAUGAGAGCACUAAAAAUUGUGAUCCUAUCCUUUAAUAUACACUUGAAUGUCCAUUUUGAUGGUGUGAUUUAGCCCGCGCCUAUAAGUGUAUUUGUUCAUUCACUGCUGGUAGCAUAAAGAUAAUAUAGCACUGUAAUGUAUCAUGGUAAAUCAGACUAUUUAUUUGAUUGUGUAGAAGUGGGGGUUUGUAUCACAUCAACAGUCUCCCCAUCAAAAAUGCCUUAAUGUAAAUAUAUGCACUGUAAAUAACUAUUGUUUUUUUUCUCCUCUUGUUAUUAUUUUGUAAACAAAAGGGCAAAAAGAAGAAAAUGCCCUGCAUCUAAAAACAUUUGAGCCUUUUUUUUUCUUUUGGUUUUGUUUUCUUGUCAAAGAUAUUUUGAUGCCAUUGUUUUAUAUAUUGUCCUUCCAGCAAAUUAUUUUGUAGAUUUGUUUUCUUUCUAGGUAAACGUUCCAAAGACAAAAGUUGUUUUUCUUCAACUCAGUGAAGCCGAUCCUAAUAAAGUCAACUGACACUUUUACAGA